UAAUACAUACGAUUCCUGCACUGUGCGGAACCGACAAACUUUCAAACGGUAUGAAGAAUUGAUCGAUACAAUAUAUCGAUGUGUCGAUAUUCAAAUAGCGCGAAAUCUCGCACUGGCCCGGCUCGCGCCAAAAAAAGGAACGUGGAAUCGGACAUCAAGAACAUUCGUGCACUAGAAGGUUAGGUUAGGAUAUUAUUUUAUGCCGGCAAGGCAGUGAAGGCUGCUAGAGUCUGGAGCCAACUAGAGCUCUGGAAACGAAAUAUAAGUGCGUCUAAACAGCGUUGAGGUGUGGAAUGUUGAGUGUACGUUAAUCAUACUACGAGAAUGAGCCAUGGAUCCUGGAGCCAAAGAGUCUGUAGAUCGCAGAGUGUUACGUGAACUUAGCAACGUCAAAACAGAACCUGUAUCCCCCACAGCCAAUCUUCGACUUCUAACUACCUUGGCAUCAAAUCUCAAAAGCGCACCCCAGAUUAAUGCUCAAGCAAAAAUUAGCAGAAUAAACAUUUCCUGUAAUUCAGAUUCUGAUCCUUUUAAAUUGUUACCGCGCAAAGAAAAGUCUCUUGGGUUGUUGUGCAACAAAUUUCUCAGUCUAUAUCCUUUGAGCAUACAAAGUGAAAUACCGCAAGAAAUAUCGCUGGAUAAAACAGCAAAAACAUUGGGUACUGAAAAGCGAAGGAUAUACGAUAUAAUAAAUGUUCUUGAAAGUCUCGAGAUGGCUUCUAAAGCAGGAAAGAAUCGAUACUUGUGGCACGGACAAAGUAACUUACCCAGCACUCUAGCAAGACUCAAAUCAUUGGCCAUUACAUUGGGCCUGCGAGAACAGAUCCAAGAAAUACAGCAACAAAACAACGCAUACACAGCUGAUUAUUUUGAUGGAUCACCUUAUUUCAUUGCACCAGUUGCACAGAGCCCAAAUAUUGAUGCAAGCUUUACAGAUAUCAAUAAUGCUAAGGAGGAUAAAAGCCUCGGAGUUAUGUGCCAAAAAUUUAUCAUGCUCUUUCUUGUAUCAUUAAAGAACGGAGUUAUAAAUUUGGAUAUAGCGGCAAAAGUUCUUAUAAUGGGUACUGACGAGCCAAAAAAAUUACCAAAUACCACUGUCAGAUCACGUUUCAAAACUAAAGUAAGAAGACUGUAUGACAUUGCUAAUGUUUUGACAGCGAUUGGUUUGAUAAAAAAAGUCAGCAGGUCAGAUAGUACGAUAAGAAAGCCUAUUUUUAAAUAUACCGGCCCAGACAUCGACUACAUUGACUUUGGCACAGACACGAUCAUCAGGGAAGGAACAAGACAUUCGCUUAUAGGAAUGGCUACCCCUAUUGGAAAUGGUACGACCAAAUUUUUUCCACAAUCCACUUUGAAGCAAUCCAUUACGCCUAACAAAUUACUCCUUGGCUCAACCACCCCUAAUAAUCAUCGAAGAGAACCAAGAAAGAGGAAGCUAUUUGGGACAGAUGAAAAAUUUGGUCGUACGAUGAGCUCUCCUUGCCUGGAUACUGAUCGACCUUUAGAUCGUUUGGAUGAUUCAAUAUUACAAGUUGCAGAAAUGGAACUUGAGAGGCUGAAGUCAAGUGAACAACCAAAGCCAAAAGUUUGUAUCAAAUUAUUUCCUAGGCACAAUUCUGAAUCCUGCGUAUCAGCCACACAAGUUUCAGGUGAGUGGAGCAAUAUUUUGAACAGCCCGCAUUCUUUGGAAUCCAGAAAUAUCGAAAAUCUAUAUUCCAAACCAUUGAAUGCAUUGUUGGACAAAUCCAGCCCGAAUAUACCUAAAUGCCAAACAGGAACUAGUAUUGAUAGAAAAACUAUUAUGGCUGUUGAUAAUAAGAAUCUAGUCGAAAAUACUGCAUUUAAUGCAUCUAACAGUUGUUUCCCAUUAUCAAACUCACCCCUCCCUAUUAGUGUUCCUAGCUUGAAAACUCAAGUACCUACUGUAAACGUAACUUCCGUGAAAUCUGAUGUACGAAUGAAAAACGAGGCUUCUUUUACGCCAUUAAAACUAAAAAUUAGAGAUCCAAAUAUCAUGAAAGUUGAAAAUACCAUGUCUAGGAAAUUAAUAGCUAAAGAUGUCGGUUUGAACGCUACAAGAAUGGUUAAAAUCGCACCAUAUAAAAUUCAAGCUAAGAGUUUCACACCGAAAUUCGUUAAUCUCGCGACUUUCAGUACCAAUAAGUUAAUUCCUAUAAAAUCAAGCGAAUACAAAAUCACCUCUCCUUUGCUACAACCUAUUGUAGUAGAAAAUCCUAGCCGUGUCAACAGUACAAGCUAUGCUAUUUUGACCCAGGUUCAAACUCCCGUGUUAUCCCCAGGAGACUUAUUUAAAGCCGUGCAAAUAGGUGACACUUUACAACUAGUUCCAAUAAGCAAUCAAAAUACGAUCAAGUUUACCAGUGAAAUCAAUAAUCAGUCCAAUACAAAUUGUAGCUAACAAAAAGUGAUCGAUGUUGAGUAAAGUUUUAUCACAUUUAUAGUUAUAAAUUAACUAAUCAGAAUCUAGAGUUGAUUUUUUUUAUCAUCACACUAAAGAUAUGAUUUAUCAUCAUAAUUAUUAAUAUAUUAUAGUAUAUUAAUGCAAUGUUAUAAGAGCCUACGGAUACAUAUUUUAUUAACAAAAUUUUUGUGAUUCUAUUAUAUACACGUACUAACAAUUUGUUACAUCAGUCGCUGAUGAUAAGUUUCAUCAUAAUAUUAGAUAUAAGUAUUUAUUAUCAUUAGAAGCAAUUACGAUAUGAUCGUUGCCCUUAUCAUCUCAGCUUCCUUCGCAAUAUGAAUUUCAUUGUCAGUAAAGAAAACAAAUGUUAAAAAGCUGUUACUGAAGUCGGAGGUAUAGAAAAUUUAAUGGGUAAUCGACCCUACUGCACGAUACUUUUUCGUACUUUUAGCAUAUUACACUUACGCUAAUGAAACAAAAGAUGUUGGAGUCGCUGUAUCAUUUGUUCAAUAUUGAGUUGACUUUAACACGCUAAAAGUUUGAUAAGAAGUUGAAUUUGACUGACGCAAUUUGGUGUGGGUCUCUAAUUAUGUUUUUAUACUGAAUAAGAUGUCGCUUUAAAAAAUUUUAUUCGUCACAAUGGAGCUUAAUCCUCAAUCUAAGACACUUUGCAAUAAAUCACUGUUAUUUAAUCAUUAAUUUCAAGUCUGAGGAUACUUCUGACGCUGUGCAAUAAUUUACAUCUCUGAUGACUAAUAAUUUCUAUCUAAUAAUUCACGCUGUGUUGUCCGCAACAACACUCUACUUGAAGUCCACCCAAAUGUUAAACCAAUAAUUAGUUACUCGUAUCAAUCGCAUUGCUAAGAUCUAAUGAGAAAUUAGUGAAAAUUUGAUUUAGAAUGUUAAAUGACAGCAGAACCCUAUCUGGUUGAAAAAUAGAUAACCGAUGAAUUUGUAGUAUAAUAUCCGUCACAGAAAUAAUUAGUUACUCGAAUCAAUCGUACUGCUACAAUCUAAUGAAAAAUUAGUGAAAAUUUGAUUUAGGAUGUUAAAUGACAGCAGAACCCUAUCUGGUUGAAAAAUAGAUAACCGAUGAAUUUGUAGUAUAAUAUCCGUCACAGAAAUAAGUUUACAAUACAAAGGGGCUAUAUCUAAAAUUUUUCCAAAAAAUACCAAAAGUCAAACUUUUGUACUUUUUCAAUUAUGUUUCCCCCUAGCUUUUUACACUUAUAAGUUAUAUUUUGGGACGCGGUAGAAUCUUGUAGUUGAAAUUGAAUUAAAACUGCUCUAUUAUUUUUACAAUAAAUGAGAAUAUCUGUUAUAUUGGAAUAAUGGAAUUAAUUUUCUGGAGCCACUAUAUGUAUACUUUGUUAUUAAAUCAAACUAAAAAUGUA